AUGGCGGAGUGGCUGUCACAUCCUUGGAUUGAAAACGCCAUAAACUCUUUCUACGACAAGAAUGCGACUCUACCGAAGAUGGCAAAAGCUCAAAUUAUCAAGUUCAACCGAGCUCAAACAUGCGAAGACCGAACUGCUGAAGCUGUUAUAAGUGACAAGUGGAUGUAUUCUAAAGCUCUCUUCACUUGCGGUUCAAUAGACAACUUUGAAAGGUCAAUGGUAAAUCAAGAUCAACUAUCUCUUAUGGACAUCAAGGGAGGUCUGAUAUUCUUGAAUGACUACGAAAUCAAGCCACACGUCAACUACUCCAAGGGAAUUUGGGAACAUCUUAUAAUUGUGAAAGACUUCUCCUUCAAAGGUUCUCAAAAAAGCCCACAAUUUGGAGGAGAUCUCAUGAACAGUGCAGCUUAUUCUCCAUUUCUUGUAAAAAUAAAGAGACACUUUAAACUGAGGCAGAUUAAACAGUUGUUACAACUAAACCAAGACAGCUCUAAGAACAAUAAGUGUAUGGAUGUAAAAGCUGUAGAAUGUUGUGUAGUAAAAAGACAUCAGUUUGUGAUUGUACCACAAGAUCAGGAAAAGUUGCUUGAUGCUAUUCCAGGAUGGAGUGAUGCUAGCCAUCAAGGUUCCCUUGGUACAUCAAUGUCUACAAGCAUGUCUUUCCCACAGCAAAUGUCUUCCCUGAGUGCGAGUGAUAGUGAAGCAAGGAUCAGUAGAAAUGACAUCAAAGAUCUUGUUGCUCAAUGUCAGCAAGUUCCAUCAUUCACAGACAGUAUGCUUGAGUGCGAGCAAGAAUGUUCUAAAGAAUCAUCUCCAAAGUCUAAUAAAAAUGAUUCACAUCCAAGUAUUUCUCAGACCCAUUACUCCAAUAAGAACAUAGAGAAUGCAACUAGUUGCAAUAACCACCAAACAACCUUUCCACAUGAAAUGCAAGAAUAUGUAWCUGAUCUAAGCCUCUUGGAACAACUUGAACAGCAGUCAUUUAAGAACUAUAAGCAAGGCAAACACAUYGUUCUUGACAUUGUUGAUGAAACAAAUGAUGUGGCUCAAAGAACGCCUGAUCAAGGAAUGAAUGAUGUGGCUCAAAGAAUACCUGAUCAAGGAAUGAAUGAUGUGGCUCAAAGAAUACCUGAUCGAGGAAUGAAUGAUGCAGUUCAAAGAACACUUGAUCAAGGAAUGAAUGAUGUGGUUCAAAGAACACUUGAUCAAGGAAUGAAUGAUGUGGUUCAAAGAACACCUGAUCAAGGAAUGAAUGAUGCAGUUCAAAGAACAUUUGAUCAAGAGUUGAAUGAUAUAGAUCAAAGAACAUUUGAUCAAGAUAACAACAUAACUGCUCCAAAUGACUGGGAUUCUAAAACAACUGGUGCUCAAAUAGUAGAGACUACUGUAUUCAAUGAUGAUGAUUGUUGUCCAAAAGGGUUCRCUUCUCAACAUGUUUUGGGCCAUACUGAUCAUGUCAAGCAGUCAGCAGGUGGAUCGCUUGCAACAAACGAAUCCAAUUCUCAUUCAGAAGGUACAAGUAGUWCUUCAGCAGGUCAUAAAAGCGACGAAUCAUAUUCAAUACUUCACGACGUGUCCAUAUCAGAUCUAGUCCCAGGGGCAUUUAUUCCAGARUAUACAAGUACUGGAAAAGAAAGUGCGACUUCAAACACUUCUGACARACUUACGGRUGACAUCAUUCCUAAGACUUCAAGUAUAAAACGUGUUUCUUUUAGCGAGAGUUUUUUAGCGGACGAAGUGUUGUCAGAUUCUGACGAUUCAAUCGUGCAUUGUACGCAGGCUGAUGAUUUUGAGCCAAGACUUAUAAGAGAUCCUUUACAGCUUCAAGGCUCAGUACUUCCUUUGAAUUCAAAGGACACCAAUCUUAUGCCAAAUAGCAAUAACAGGCAAUGUAAUUGCGCACAGAAAGACAUUCAAGAGUAUUCUUCCUUAGUAAAGCCUUCAGUUAUAAAACAACAAGAAGGUCAUUYAUACUCAAAGCGAUCUUCUGUACUGAUGUCUAAAGCCAAUUCAAAGGUUGGAGAAGAAGAAAAGUGUAUCAAAAAGAGCUCCUCUUGUGUGCGUGCUUCUCUUCCUUCCCAGAACAAURACAUUUCCAURCAGACUACAGACACUGGAAGGAAAGURAGCCUUAARCCAGAUGCUGAUGAUGAUAUUUACUCAUGCACAUUUACUCCAGAUAAGAAGAUCGUCAUGAACAACGARGAGAGUCAGGRAUCCAAUCAGUCGCCUGCAGCUGUGGCAUUAGAUGACAUUAUAAGAUGCAUUGAGGURUACGAGGAAAACCCAGGAGAUGGGAAAGUUUUACUUGUACUUGAUGGUAAUAAACUAAGCCCUAAAAACAGUAAAACUAGAUCUCCUGUUAGCAUGGCUACAACUAAAGUGAAAAAGUACAACGAUGAAGAGRUGCCGUCUGRCAUUCCUGGAAAAGACUCCGUAAAUUCCAGAUUGCAUUCUACMAGUCCAGUACGAUGUAAGUCAUCAUUGAGCACGAAGGAAAAAAAUGAUAAAGUUUUGACWGUACAUGAAUGCAAAAUAACAGAAAAACAUAGUAUAAACGGUGAACCGAYAUUGCAAAAUAAGCAAAGCUSCUUAAAUGUUCAAAGAAAUAGAAGUAGUAAAACAAGUGCAAAAACUGGCGCACCUUGUCAAAAUGUGGACAAUAAAGAAAGCUGUUCAAGAAGGACUACCGUAGAACCAUUACAUACAACAAAAGGUGAUUCAUCCUUCGAUGUUUCUAUUUCUGAUUCUCUAUUAGCGCGGCAGGUAUUCACGCAAGAUGGUAGAAGUUCAGACAGGUCAUUCAGUUUACUUCAUAAGUCGAAGUGUAGUGGGGAUGGUUUUCCAAAUGAACCCACGAACAGAAGAAACUCUCCUAAUAACUCGAGGUUACAAACUGAGAUUGAGGAAUUAGGUCGCCAAGAAGAGUUACCGAGUUUGCGAACGACAAACGCGCGUCCGUCACUAGAAAACACCGAGCAAAAUAUCUCAUCUAACACGUCUUCAAUACCAAAAAUCAACAAGGGAAAUUCUUUGACUAAAACGUCUCCAAGACUAAAGAGUCCUGAAAGAAAUAUGCAACAGUCAACGCAAAACGAGCAAAUUGGAAUGAAAAAUGAGCCUAUGAAAGUUUCCAGUAGGAAGGAAUCGCCAUCUCUGGGUGUUAAUCCUACUAAGAACGUUAUCGCAAACUUUGAACGAAAGAACGUUGACAGCAACUCUUUAAUAAACACAGGUCCAUCUAAAUCCUAUUACAAAUCAAAUGCAGUUUCACAAGAGAAAAAUGUCGUUGUCCAAACCAAUGACGGAAAAGCAAUACCAGAUUCAAGUACAACAAAACAAUUAGCUCGAAUAGAAACUUCUGGCUGCUCCUUACGAAAAGAUUCAAAGCAAAAAGAAGAUCCCAAUAAAAUUCUGCCUGCUAGUUCUCGAAAGCGUCUGCUAAGAUUGUCGGGUGAACAGAUAGCAGUUCCAGAGGAAGAGAAGGAAAAUUCUCCCGAUGAUUUGCGCGACAGCUGCGACAAAAGUCCCACUGAUAAACAUUGCUCCAUAGAUGUAGGUCAAUUUUAUCCAAAAUCGUCUCCGUGGAACCACAGGAAAAGAAGAGGAAGCGUUGUAAAUUCCUUCCUGGUACCCAACCAAGUUGUGACUUNUUGCUGCUGA